AUGUUUGCCAGUUCCAGCCUGUUCAUCCAUCAGAACCAUCUUGCAAUGCAGGCCAAUUUAGGAACUGCAUUCCCGACUCCGAUCGAGUCGCAAAACGGUCAUUUCACGAGUGGUAUAACCCCGACGAACAACGAGAAUCGCUCGCAAUCGCGAUCAACCGAUGGCACCGACACCACCGACGGCAAUCAGUCGGCGAAUGAGGGAUCGACGGUGUCGUCGCCGCAUCAGCCCAUCACCAAUCUCAAUAUGGCACUCCAACAUGUCGAGAAUAAUUCCAACCCGUUUCCAACAUUCAAUCAAGCGGAUCUGCUCAAUUUCCACAACAACGCGCUGAUUCCACACCAAAUGUUCUCGCAGUUCGGCCGAUACCCAAACGUGAGUCAGUCCCCACUCGAAACCCGAAACAAGCGAAUUUAA